GAUAUCAUGGUUAGAUACCACCGGAUGAAGGGAAGACCAACACUUUGGGUUCCUGGAACUGAUCAUGCUGGAAUCGCUACUCAGUUGGUAGUUGAAAGAAUGCUUGCAUCUGAAGGAAUAAAGAGGGCCGACUUGAGUAGAGAUGAGUUCACCAAACGUGUACGGCGGAACCAUAACGAAACAGAUCAAAAGGCUCGGUGCCUCAUGUGAUUGGUCUAGAGAACGCUUCACCCUUGAUGAGCAGCUAAGUCGAGCCGUAGUUGAGGCGUUUGUGAAGCUUCAUGAGAAGGGCUUGAUUUAUCAAGGGUCAUAUAUGGUUAAUUGGUCUCCUAACCUACAGACUGCAGUUUCUGACUUAGAAGUUGAAUAUUCUGAAGAACCUGGUGCACUGUACCACAUUAAGUAUCGUGUUGCUGGGGGUUCAAGGGAUGAUUACUUGACAAUAGCUACUACUCGUCCAGAAACUUUGUUUGGUGAUGUUGCCGUCGCAGUCAAUCCUAAGGAUGAUAGGUAUGCUAAGUACAUUGGUAGGCAGGCGAUAGUACCCAUGACAUAUGGCCGUCAUGUUCCAAUUAUCUCAGACAAGUAUGUUGAUAUGGACUUUGGUACCGGUGUCUUGAAGAUAAGCCCAGGGCAUGAUCACAAUGAUUACCUUCUCGCCAGAAAGCUCGGUCUGCCUAUACUCAACGUGAUGAACAAGGAUGGGACGCUAAAUGAAGUUGCUGGGCUAUUUUGCGGCCUUGAUCGUUUUGAAGCCAGGAAGAAACUUUGGUCAGACCUCGAAGAAACUGGUUUGGCUGUUAAAAAGGAACUGCACACCUCACGGGUACCUAGAUCACAACGUGGUGGAGAAAUUAUAGAGCCAUUGGUAAGCAAGCAGUGGUUUGUAUCUAUGGAACCUUUAGCAGAGAAGGCACUUCAAGCAGUUGAAAAGGGGCAAUUGACAAUCAUGCCUGAGAGAUUUGAGAAGAUCUACCAUCACUGGCUAUCAAAUAUUAAGGAUUGGUGCAUAAGUAGACAAUUGUGGUGGGGACAUCGCAUACCUGUUUGGUAUAUUGCUGGCAAGGACAGUGAAGAAGUAUAUAUAGUUGCUCGGAAUGCUGACGAAGCUCUUCAGAAAGCUCAGGAGCAGUAUGGGAAGAAUGUAGAAAUAUACCAAGAUCCAGAUGUUCUUGAUACUUGGUUUUCCAGUGCCUUGUGGCCUUUCAGUACUCUUGGAUGGCCAGAUGUUUCGGCUGAAGACUUUAGUCGCUUCUAUCCAACUACAAUGCUAGAAACAGGGCAUGAUAUAUUGUUCUUCUGGGUGGCAAGGAUGGUCAUGAUGGGAAUUGAAUUUACAGGGACAGUUCCGUUUUCAUAUGUUUAUCUGCAUGGUCUUAUCCGUGACUCACAAGGGCGGAAAAUGUCAAAAACAUUGGGAAAUGUGAUAGAUCCAAUUGAUACUAUUGGCGAGUUUGGCACAGAUGCCUUACGUUUUACAGUUGCUUUAGGAACUGCUGGUCAGGAUCUUAAUUUAUCAACUGAGAGGUUGACUGCUAACAAGGCCUUUACCAAUAAACUAUGGAAUGCUGGCAAAUUCGCGCUGCAGAAUUUGCCCGAUCAAAGUGAUUUAUCUGCUUGGGAAGCAAUAUCAGCUCAUAAGUUUGACCAAGAGGAGGCUUUGCUCAGGCUACCUUUACCAGAAUGUUGGGUGGUCUCUAAACUGCAUUUGCUUAUUGAUGCGGUCACCACAAGCUAUGACAAGUUCUUCUUCGGAGACGUUGGAAGAGAAACAUAUGAUUUCUUUUGGGGCGAUUUCGCCGACUGGUACAUUGAAACAAGUAAAGCUCGGCUUUAUCACAAGGAGAGUCACUUAAUAGCUUCAGUUGCGCAGGCUGUUCUAUUGUAUGUUUUUGAGAAUAUAUUGAAAUUGCUGCAUCCAUUCAUGCCCUUUGUGACUGAAGAACUAUGGCAGUCUCUGCCAAAUAGGAAAGAAGCCCUUAUGGUAUCUCCUUGGCCAAGAACUUCACUUCCGAGGCAAAUCCAUUCAAUUAAAAAAUAUGAAAACUUACAAGCUCUGACAAGAGCUAUCAGAAAUGCUCGUGCUGAGUACUCUGUUGAGCCCGCGAAGCGUAUUUCUGCAUCCAUUGUGGCUAGCUCUGAUGUUAUUGAUUACAUAUCUAAAGAGAAGGAGGUUUUAGCUUUAUUGUCCCGCCUAGAUUUAGAUCAUGUCCGUUUUACUGAAUCUCCGCCAGGAGAUGCAAACCGAUCCGUUCACUUAGUUGCCAGUGAAGGACUGGAGGCUUAUCUCCCCCUUGCUGAUAUGGUUGAUAUCUCUGCUGAACUUCAACGCCUUUCUAAACGCCUAUCUAAAAUGCAGACGGAGUAUGAUGGGCUUGUUUCUCGUCUCAAUUCCCCUAACUUUGUAGAGAAAGCACCAGAGGAUGUGGUGCGUGGCGUGAGAGAAAAGGCAGAGGAAGCAAAGGAGAAGAUUACUCUUACUAAAAACCGCCUAGCUUUCCUGGAAUUAACAGUUCUGGUUUCGGAGUAGGUGGUCGGCGCCAAUUUUUCUUUGAUCCUGAGGCGGUCCACGUUCCUCCCAUGGUUCAUGGACUAGGGACAGAGCAGCACCAUUUCCUCCCCAAUCUCUCUGCUGGGUCAUAGCCCCCCCUCUAUGACUGAAGAUGUUGAUGCGACUUUGCGCAGUUCAUGACCUGACUUUCGACACAUUACUCGCCGGAUAUAGAUGGCCUGAAGAGGUGCUCCUAAGUUAUUCUCCGGAUAGCUGCAUAAAAAAAAAAAAAAGAGGGAAAAAUUUGCGUUUUUGUUGGUGUGGGUGGCUGGUUUCUUUGUACAUUAAAAUCCCAUGCCCAAAACAUGAAAACAGCAGUUUUACAUCAUAUUGGUUUUCUGCCCUAAUGCAAAUUACAAAGGGUCGUGAAAAGAAAGGAAAGGAAAGGUCACUUCAUGA